UUUCAUUUCUUUCUUCAAGAAUCAAAACCCUAAAACAACAAAAACCAAGCAGCUACAUCGAAUCAAACCAACACUCCCCCUUCAAUUUCAAUCGCAUCACUGCACCAUUCUUCUUCCCGGAAAUCUCAGCCGGACUCUCUCGCCGGUCGCCAGAAACGAAGUUCUUUCUGUAAUGGAGGAUACCGAGAAUGCCUUACAGUCAUCAAAGAAAAGGGCUGCUGGACGGGAGCUGACACGAGACACUCCUCUUGACGACGAGGAAGAUGACACCGAAGUUAAUGCUGGAACUUUCAAGAAAGCCAGUGACGAGGUUCUUGCUUCCAGAAGAAUUAUCAAAGUAGCACGUCGCCAACAGACGAAUUCUGCUCCUUCUUCAAACCCUUUUGCUGGAAUACGCUUGUCUGCUCCUACUGAAUCCAGUGCCAAACCUGUUGAAGCUACUGCUGAAACACUACCGGAGAAAGCUAAGAAUGAAGAAACGAAGCAGCCAGAGAGCAAAGCUCUUGAGGUGGAGGACAAAUCUACUUCAAAUAACGAUGCUGCAGAAAAAAACAAUGUAAACCAGGAGCUUGUGGAGGAGAGUAUUGGUGAUAACUCCAAGGUUGAUAAUGAACAAAGUAAGGAUGGAAGUAAGAUUGAAAAUGAGGGCAAGAACGAAGCUGCUGAUAAGGAAAGUGCAGGUGAGAUUGAAAAAGAACCAUUUACAGAAGAAAAAAAAACUGAGAACAAUGAUAAGAAUGGAAAUAGUGAAAGCAAGGAUAAGGAAAACAAAGUAAGUGAUGAGGCUACUGCUGAAGGUGGACCUUUCAAAUCAUUUCAACAGCUUUCGAGUAGUCAAAAUGCCUUCACCGGUCUUGUUGGAAGUGGAUUUUCUUCUUCCUUAUUUUCCUUUGGGCCUAAAACAAAUGACGGGUCUGCUUUAGGUAGUGGAACUGGUUCUAUUUUUGGCUUGAAACCUGACCAGCCUCUGGGUCUGGGUUUAUCAAACACUGGAACUUCUGGUUUUGGGACGUCGGGAUCAUCUGCUAUUUCUAAGAUUGAAACACUGCAGGAAGUCGUCGUUGAAACUGGUGAAGAAAACGAGGAAGUGGUUUUCAAUGCAGAUUCAGUGUUGUUUGAAUUUGUAGAUGGAGGUUGGAAGGAACGCGGAAAGGGAGAGGUGAAGGUGAAUGUCACUAGUGGAACAGAAAAGAAGGCCAGAGUUCUUAUGAGGUCCAAGGGAAAUUACAGAUUGAUUUUAAAUGCGCGUCUUUACCCCGAAAUGAAGCUCACAAAUAUGGAGAAGAAAGGCGUUACCUUUGCCUGUGCUACUGAAGGGAAAACGGGUCUUUCGACAUUUGCGUUGAAGUUCAAAGAUGGGUCCAUAGUGGAGGAUUUUAAGGCUGCUAUUACUGCACAUAAGGGUGAGGCAUCUACAACUGUCAAGACACCAGAGAAUUCUCCCAAGGCUUCUGAUGUUUGAGCUAUAUAUCCCCCUUUCACCUUUAUACUCAAUUUUCUCACAAACUCAGUCUCCUUAGCCUACUGUUUUGUUGUUGUUGUUAUGUCUUUGUAUGACAGUUGAAUCAUAUUUGAGACUUGGUGUACUUUAAUUUGAGUCAAACCUGUUAUGGUAGAGGAUAAAGCUUGGAUCUUAAAUACAGAAUAUUUGAUCAUGAAAACUAUAUGUAGUGUUGUUUAAA